CAAAGUGGUACCGAGCUCAUCUUCCUACCACGUCCUGCCCACCGUCCUCGUCGACGUCGACGCAUAUAAUAUCUUAUUUAUCGUCUUUGCUCUUAGUCUGUGCUUGUACUUUUCCCGCUACGACCUUAUCUCUGGCGUGCCCUCGCUAUCGAGAGCAAGCCGUCCGAGUCCAGCUAGCCAGGAGAGAGUACACCCUCGACGUGUCUCCCUCCCAGCUGGUCUCACCAGCGACACCUCUGCAUGAGCCUUCUCCAUGCCUAUUUUCACGCUAGAAACCAGCAGGCGUUCAAACGCCUGCUCGAUACCCCUCAUGGUUCCUCUUCUAAUGGUCAACCCAGCUCAAGCGGCGGCAGGUCGUGGAAUCGCCCUAGUCCUCUAUCUUCCGACCUGAACGUGAACGUUAGAGAUGCUCUGGGUCGUACUGUCCUUCAUCUUGCUGCUGCUUCGACUGCACCGUCUGCUCCUGAAUACAUUCGCAUGCUGCUCGCUCAUCCGCAUAUUAACGUGAACUUACAAGACUACGAGAGUCACUGGACUGCGUUGCAUCAUGCAUUGUAUCACGGAAACAUUGCCACAGCACUUCUUCUAUUACAAAGGAACGAUAUAGAGCCUGACCUAAAGGAUUUGGAGGGCUAUCGCGCUUUCGAUCUUUACAAUUCCACAGUGGAGCACACCAAGCCGGAUAAGGGGAAUGGACUGCUCUAUACAUGGGGAACGAAUAGAAAUGCGUCUCUUGGUCUCGGAGACCCCGACGACAGAACAUUUCCUGACCUCGUUGUCCUGGAACGUCCUGAUACGUCUUCGGUGGACACUCUGGACACCCGGUUCCAACCCGUAUUCGUAGAUAAGGUGGCCAUGGCGAAGCUUCAUACCGCAGUACUGACCAAUGAACCCCGGAAUAAUAUUCGUCUGUGUGGGUUUGGUAGCGGAGGACGCCUUGGACCUGGGAAUCACACUCAAUACGCCUUCCAAUCCAUCCCACUUCCUUCAUCUACCGGACCUCCCCCUUCACAAUAUUCUCAAUAUGGUGCUACUUCAGGUUCCUCCCAGCGCAUAGUCGAAAUUGCUCUUGGGCAAGAUCAUACACUCGCCCUCACUGCUGCCGGCGAGGUUCUAUCCUGGGGUCUCAACCGUUUUUCCCAACUUGGUUAUGUUGUUGAAGGCGCCACCAACCUUCUAAAUGGAACGAAGGAGGAGAUUCAGAGUAUGCCUAGGAAAGUACCCAGUCUCAAGAACAAGUUCAUUAUUGGGGUUGCUGCGUGUAAGACUGCCUCGGUUUGUUGGGUAGAGAAUGAGGUUUGGACCUGGGGAACAAAUGGCGGACAACUUGGGUACGAUCGUAGUGCACACCCUGUUCAGGUUACUCCAAGGAUCGUAACAAAGAUUACUCAGUCCGUACUGUCUAUCGCCAUAACAGACUCAGCCAUGGCCUGUCUACUUGAGACAAACGACGUAGUUUGCCUGUGCAAUGACAUCUACUUUAAGAUCAAUUUCCCCACUCAGACAUUUCCUUCUGAGAUUGCGACCUACCGGCCACCUCAAGCAGUCCGGAAUGCCAGUAUACAGAAGAUUACCUCGUGCGAGAACACCUUUGCUGCGCUUUCUUCCAAUGGGGAGCUCUUUAUGUUCACUCUACCCAGUGCCGGAGUGGUCAAACCACAACGGGUGUGGGCGUUGAGAAAACAGUUCAGUGCUGUCACUGACGUUGCGCUAGGUGCAGACAGUUCAAUCAUCAUAUGCACGGAAUCCGGUCACGUCUUCGUCCGUUCACGGACGUUCAAAUCAAUUUCUUCUACCGGCUCUGCUGCAGGCGGAUCGAGCGCCAAGACGUUCAAGUUCCAGCGUGUACCCUCUAUCCACCGUGUCAAGUCUGUCUGCGCUAAUAGCACGGGUGCUUUUGGUGCCAUCAAGUUGGAGACAGGAGCACAAGACGUCAAAGUCGAAGGACCUUUGAUUCAGGAAAGUUUGGCCCACAUCCAACCGUACGUUCCGUGGGACGAAACAACGUCAGAGGAUGAUGGGAGCUCGGAAAGAAGCUCAGACAUCGUGAAGAGUGGAAUGGAAGUGGAGGAGGUCGAUGAUGACGACGACGCUGCAAUCUCGAUGGAUGCCAGAGAGAUUGUCAGGCUCUGUCGCUUGCUGUUGCAAGAUCGGCUAGCUCGCAAGGACACGGGAGGCUUGUUCAACUCCUCGGACUUGUCUUUUGGUGCCGACCUCAUCGUUCGGACACAAUCCGGUACGGAGCUUCCAUGCCACAAGCUCGUUUUGGCCGCUCGAUCUUCUGUCCUUUCUUCAAUUCUGGAGGGUACGGACGUGAUUCAUAACAGAGACUGGAAUAUCUCUAUCAAACUCGCUUCACCGUCAAAGCGAUGCACUACAUGCUAUUGUCCAGAUGGUUUACGACUUGCUCCAUGGGCUAAGAAGUCACACCUGAUGAUUUCUGGGGUACAUCCGCUUUCCGUUCUGGUUCUGCUGGAAUAUUUGUACACCGACGAAGUUCUCGCCAUUUGGGAUCCGCGCAUUUCACGAUUGGUCCAAGGACAUCUUACGUCCCUCAAGACGAAAUCAGCUGUAAUCAAGCUAGAACUCCAGCGUCUCGCUCAACUCCUCGAUCUUCCCUUCCUUUCCAAGGUUCUCGAUGCUCCCGUGAAACGUACACCAGAACCUUCCAUGGCAGCGAAUCUGCUACAUCUUUCCGAAACAAUCCAGUCCUCCUGGAAGGAUAUGUCGUCGGAACAUCCAAGUAAACCUGAUGUCGUGCUUGUCUUUGCGGAUCGAGAGGUGCCGUGUCACUCAACUGUGCUGAGAUCGCGAUCGGAGUUGUUUGCUGCGUUCUUUGACGACGAGCAAUGGACCAAGAGAAGAUGGACUGAGGAGGAUUUGGUCAGAGUUGACCUUAGCCAUAUGAGGUGGAACACUGCAUCUUACGUUGUGAAGUUCCUGUAUGGAGGUGAUGUGCGGAUGUUUGACGUCAUGGAAUUCAUCAACACUGUCGACGAACUGGUUGAAUUUAUGUUCGAGAUCAUGGCAUGUGCGAACGAACUUCUUCUGGACCGGCUCUUCCUCAUUUGUGCUUCGGUCAUCGUCAAACGCGUCAACAUAACGAACGCCUGUCUUGUUCUCAACGAGGCAUCCUACUACAAUGUGAUACCUCUAAUACGCUCAAUCCAACAGUACAUAGCGAUCAACCUCGAAACCUUCCUAGAGAGUCACCUCCUGGACGACCUCCCCAAUGAUCUUCUCAGACAGCUCUCAGUCUUCGUUCGAGAACAACAAGCUUCGAAGUCACCAGUGUCCCGUUCUGGCAUAUUGACCAACAUGGCAAUGGAGAAACACAAGGAAUGGCUGGCCAUGGAAGACUUCCCGCAACCUAUUACGAAGACAUCACGUCAUCCAUCCCGCAUAGUAUCUUCAGCCAAGCUUUCGCCACCCACUCCUUCACGGAAGAAGGAACGCAGUUUGGGAUCAAUAAUCUCUCCAUCAACCAGUCCAGCUUUGCGUCCUCAGAUUUCGCCGUUAGCACCUCAACCUCCUCAUGUUGGCCCCGCCGAAGACGAGGUGUUCAUGAUGGACGAGACAGUUCCCUCGCUGAAUCUCAACCAGAGCGCCGGACCUUCAAUCAAGCUCGAGUCACAAGGGCAGAGCGGUAAGCCAACUGUUAGCUGGAAAGUUUCAUCUGUACCAAAAGUGGACAUGAAGGCGAUCAUGGCUGAGGCAGCCACCAGCAGGUUGAUAGGCUCUCGAACUUCAUCUUCGUCUAACCUUCAACAAGCUGCGACCGGUGUUGCGGCCGAUGCUGCGAAUUGGCGAACACCACAGCAGACGAAUCGACCUCUCCCCGAGACGCCUGAAAGACCUGCUCCGCGGAACGCUUCAGGUUCUCCUUGGAGGGUCCCGUCCGUCGGCACCCUCGCAGCCCCGAGUUCGCCUCCUGGUACUCCUCCCACUGGUUCGCAAGUUCAAGCUCCACCUUCACGGGGUAAGGAGACUAGUUUGCCAUCGGCCUCGAAACCACCAUUAGUCACUAGGAGCAGUGUUGGAUAUCGAGAACCAAUGACUCCUCCUCGCAUGCCAGGAAUGGGACCUGUGUUUACACCGUCGAAGCAGGGCCCCAGUAAGCCGGGGCCUUCAUCUGGUGCUCAUCGCGUUUCGAAUGGAACCGCAUGGACAUUACCACCGGUUCAGCCAUCCGUUAAACCCGCAUCUUCGGGCUCAUCGAUGUCCUUCACUGCUAUUCAAAUGGCUCAACUGGAGCAGGAAACUGUGCCUGUCAAGGACAAACGCUCGCUCAAGGAGAUCCAAGAAGAAGAGCAAGCCCGUCAAGUGGAGGAGGACUUCAUGAAGUGGUGGGCCGCGGAGGAGGAACGAGUGAAGCAAGAGGAACAAGCUAUAGUCGCCGCUCUUGCCCCUUCACGCCCACAGCAGCAGAAGGCCAAGAAGGGGAAAGCGAAGGGGUCUUCUGCUCAAGGUCCUAACCCGAAACCUUCACGACAGACGCAAGAACCACAAGUGCAGCAACGUCAGGAGCAAGCUGGAGAUGGUGUUCGUAAACGGAAUCGCAGGCCGGUCGGGAAGAAGGAAGCAAAGGUCCCUCAGGCUCCUGGUCCCCAAUAACACUAACCCAUGUGGCUUUAUUAAGUGUAUCAAUGUACGAUAGGGUAAUUAGCUAAUUGCUCCAUAUUUUCUGUUCCGAUGUAGAACUUUGGGUAUCUCACGAUAGAGCAGUCGUAGCAUACGUAGAAUGGCUUGUAUACGAAUCAUAAUCACGAGAGGAUUUUUUGUUGUAUGGAGUAGAUGGCGAACAGUUGUAAUACUGUACAGUGAAUGACUACACUUGCAGACCUGCCAGUCCGGUUCUUGGCCCGCUCGAUGGCAUUGGUAUGAGAAAUAUGUUUCUGCCAGUUUUCCAGUGAUGGAAGCAAAGGCUGUAUCCGUUACAACCAUAUUAGAAUCAGACAGUGUCCAGGCAUGUAGUGUAACUACGGAGUAAGAUACAAUAUAUGAAGAUGCUUGUCUCUAUUACAGUCCUACGUCGUGGUUCUCUU